AUGUCAUCUGGCAGUCACCUUUCUAAAGAGCUUUUCGACCUCGUGAAAUCCAUUGGUGAGUCCAGGUCCAAACAAGAAGAAGACAAAAUUAUCACUCAAGAGGUCAACCUCCUCAAAGCCAAAAUCACAGAGCCCAGCAUCCCUCCAAAGAAAAUGAAAGAACACCUAUUGCGUGCUAUCUAUAUUGAGAUGCUUGGCCACGACGCCUCAUUUGCUUAUAUCCACGCUAUUAACCUUGCACAGAGUUCCAGCCUAAUCGCAAAAAGAAUUGGCUACUUGACAUGUUCUUUAUGCCUGUCCCAAGAAAGCCAUUUGAUCAUUUUAUUAGUCGCUACACUUCAAAGAGACCUGCAGAGCCAGAAUUAUUUAGAAGUCUCAGCGGCGCUCACAGUGAUUUGCAAGCUUGUGAAUGUAGGAAUGAUGCAUGCCAUUAGCGACCACGUCGUCAGACUUUUGUCUCAUCCAAAUGAAAUUGUUAGGAAAAAAGCUGUGAUGGUGUUGACCAAGUUUAUAAAACUUAACCCAUCACUAAUCCCUGACUAUAAUGAGCAUUUCCGCAGGGCACUUUGUGAUAAGGACCCUUCAGUCAUGGGAAGCUCCUUAAACGCUUUUUGGUCACUUCUGCAAGAUGAAAAAAUUAGGCCGCAUUAUAAAGACUUGAUUUCUUCAUUUGUGGUGAUCCUGAAACAGAUUAUUGACCACAGACUUCCACGUGAUUAUGACUAUCAUAGGAUGCCUGCACCCUGGUUUCAAAUUCAGCUGCUAGAAAUAUUAGGAAUGCUGGGACAGGACGACCAAAAAGCUAGCGAGCAGAUGUAUGAGAUUUUAAGCGAAGUUAUGAGAAGGGCUGAUGAUACUGGAGUUAAUGCAGGGUAUGCGAUUGUUUAUCAGUGCUUAAAAACUAUUACUCAAGUUUAUCCAAAUCCAGCCCUGAUUAACAGUGCUGCGCUUUGCAUUUCAAGAUUUUUGACUUCAGAAAACCAUAACUUAAAAUAUACAGGAAUUACUGGACGGCUCGUUUGGCUUUUGAGAGAUACGGGAUGUCCAUAAAAUGAAGAACCAAUAUUUAAUUAAAAGAAAAGAGUUAGUAUCUCUUAUUAAUAAGAAAACAUCAUGUCCUUCAGGUAACUCAUAACAAGGAGAAAAAAACCAUUAAAUUUGACUGUAAAAAAUUUUUUUUAUAUCACAAAAAUAGAAGAUUCUAGAUCUCCACAAAAAUGGAAACAGUUGAGUCCUUAAUAAAAAAGGCCUAGUAACUAAGCAAAAUAGACGAUACCAGCAAUUCAUCAAUGCAACCUAACGGUCUAGAUAAUUUGCGAGAGUCUAAUGAAAAUAAAAAAAUUUCGAUACACGCUUGCUUCAAUAAAAAACGGAAUUGUUAUGUUUAUAAGUCAAAGUUCAGCCAGUUAAAUAAAAAACGAAAUCCAUCUCUUUUUCUCAAGAGAUAACGGUUUAUUAGGUGCUGCAAAAACCUGCUUAAAAAGACCGUUAUAUUUGCGCAAAAAUUAAUAUAAUUUCUGCACCGAUUUGCGUUGCAACACACAUUAAUAUAGUGAAACGAUGCUUUAUUUUGAGCCUUAUUUAUAUUAGAUUUUAUGUCUUAUAUAAGAGAAUUCAAUAUGAUCUAAUAUUUCGAAACUAUCAGCUCAUGAAAAUGUGAAAUUGUUUGCUCAGAUAAAAAAAACAUUAAACUGAGCUCCUUAAAAUAGAAAUUUAUUUUUUUAUGAAAAAUAAAUUAAAAUUUUUUUAUUAUUAUUAUUAUUAUUAUUAUUAUUAUUAUAUUAUUAUUAUUAUUAUUAUUAUUAUUAUUAUUAUUUAUUAUUAUUAUUAUUAUUAUUAUUAUUAUUAUUAUUAUUAUUAUUAUUAUUAUUAUUAUUAUUUUAUUAUUAUUAUUAUUAUUAUUAUUAUUAUUAUUAUUAUUAUUAUUAUUAUUAUUAUUAUUAUUAUUAUUAUUAUUAUUAUUAUUAUUAUUAUUAUUAUUAUUAUUAUUAUUAUUAUUAUUAUUAUUAUUAUUAUUAUUAUUAUUAUUAUUAUUAUUAUUAUUAUUAUUAUUAUUAUUAUUAUUAUUAUUAUUAUUAUUAUUAUUAUUAUUAUUAUUAUUAUUAUUAUUAUUAUUAUUAUUAUUAUUAUUAUUAUUAUUAUUAUUAUUAUUAUUAUUAUUAUUAUUAUUAUUAUUAUUAUUAUUAUUAUUAUUAUUAUUAUUAUUAUUAUUAUUAUUAUUAUUAUUAUUAUUAUUAUUAUUAUUAUUAUUAUUAUUAUUAUUAUUAUUAUUAUUAUUAUUAUUAUUAUUAUUAUUAUUAUUAUUAUUAUUAUUAUUAUUAUUAUUAUUAUUAUUAUUAUUAUUAUUAUUAUUAUUAUUAUUAUUAUUAUUAUUAUUAUUAUUAUUAUUAUUAUUAUUAUUAUUAUUAUUAUUAUUAUUAUUAUUAUUAUUAUUAUUAUUAUUAUUAUUAUUAUUAUUAUUAUUAUUAUUAUUAUUAUUAUUAUUAUUAUUAUUAUUAUUAAUUAUAUUAUUUAUUAUUAUUAUUAUUAUUAUUAUUAUUAUUAUUAUUAUUAUUAUUAUUAUUAUUAUUAUUAUUAUUAUUAUUAUUAUUAUUAUUAUUAUUAUUAUUAUUAUUAUUAUUAUUAUUAUUAUUAUUAUUAUUAUUAUUAUUAUUAUUAUUAUUAUUAUUAUUAUUAUUAUUAUUAUUAUUAUUAUUAUUAUUAUUAUUAUUAUUAUUAUUAUUAUUAUUAUUAUUAUUAUUAUUAUUAUUAUUAUUAUUAUUAUUAUUAUUAUUAUUAUUAUUAUUAUUAUUAUUAUUAUUAUUAUUAUUAUUAUUAUUAUUAUUAUUAUUAUUAUUAUUAUUAUUAUUAUUAUUAUUAUUAUUAUUAUAUUAUUAUUAUUAUUAUUAUUAUUAUUAUUAUUAUUAUUAUUAUUAUUAUUAUUAUUAUUAUUAUUAUUAUUAUUAUUAUUAUUAUUAUUAUUAUUAUUAUUAUUAUUAUUAUUAUUAUUAUUAUUAUUAUUUUAUUAUUAUUAUUAUUAUUAUUAUUAUUAUUAUUAUUAUUAUUAUUAUUAUUAUUAUUAUUAUUAUUAUUAUUAUUAUUAUUAUUAUUAUUAUUAUUAUUAUUAUUAUUAUUAUUAUUAUUAUUAUUAUUAUUAUUAUUAUUAUUAUUAUUUAUUAUUAUUAUUAUUAUUAUUAUUAUUAUUAUUAUUAUUAUUAUUAUUAUUAUUAUUAUUAUUAUUAUUAUUAUUAUUAUUAUUAUUAUUAUUAUUAUUAUUAUUAUUAUUAUUAUUAUUAUUAUUAUUAUUAUUAUUAUUAUUAUUAUUAUUAUUAUUAUUAUUAUUAUUAUUAUUAUUAUUAUUAUUAUUAUUAUUAUUAUUAUUAUUAUUAUUAUUAUUAUUAUUAUUAUUAUUAUUAUUAUUAUUAUUAUUAUUAUUAUUAUUAUUAUUAUUAUUAUUAUUAUUAUUAUUAUUAUUAUUAUAUUAUUAUUAUUAUUAUUAUUAUUAUUAUUAUUAUUAUUAUUAUUAUUAUUAUUAUUAUUAUUAUUAUUAUUAUUAUUAUUAUUAUUAUUAUUAUUAUUUAUUAUUAUUAUUAUUAUUAUUAUUAUUAUUAUUAUUAUUAUUAUUAUUAUUAUUAUUAUUAUUAUUAUUAUUAUUAUUAUUAUUAUUAUUAUUAUUUUUACGGUUUUCGUCCAGCAUUUUUGGACCAACUUUCCCCUCCAAGUAUUUUCUAGUUUUAAAAAUUUCUCCAAUAAACUUCCUUAUUUCUCCAUUAACUUUCCAAAUAUGUUCACUAUGUUUCAAACGCAUAAUUUUGUCAAGCCUUCAACCACACAGAAUUAUUUCGGUAAGACUCAGUAAAUAAAAAUCCUCCUUCAGUAAAUUUUUCCAUUUCAUUUAUUAGUUUCACCCUGCUACUCUGAUAAAUGUAGCAAUUUUCAAUGACAUGCACUUCAUCCUCAACUUGCUCUCCACAAAAUCUGCAUUCUGAUCUAUCUGCUAUAUGUCGGACGAACCUACAAUAAAAUUUUAUUAUUAAAUACUUUUAGAGCAAGCUUUGUUUAUUUAUUGCGCUUUUUUUACAAAUAGUAACAAUAUUUAAGGUAAAACCUUACUUAUUUCAGUUCUAAGUGUGCCUCUUUCAGUGUCUAUUAAAUAUAUUAAAAUUAUUAAAAAAAUAUAUAAAACCGUUUUUCAAGACAUAUUCUUUCAAAAUAUAUCAAAACGAUGACCAAAAUUUGCAAUAUUUUUGGGUUAAUUUCCUUCAAAAAGGUUUUUAAGCUUUUUAAUAUCUUUAAUAGACACUGAAAUAGGCACACUUAGAACUGAAAUAAGUAAGGUUUUACCUUAAAUAUUGUUACUAUUUGUAAAAAAGCGCAAUAAAUAAACAAAGCUUGCUCUAAAAGUAUUUUAAUAAUAAAAAUUUUUAAUUUAUUUUUCAUAAAAAAAUAAAUUUCUAUUUUAAGGAGCUCAGUUUAAUGUUUUUUUAUCUGAGCAAACAAUUUCACAUUUUCAUGAGCUGAUAGUUUCGAAAUAUUAGAUCAUAUUGAAUUCUCUUAUAUAAAGACAUAAAAUCUAAUAUAAAUAAGGCUCAAAAUAAAGCAUCGUUUCACUAUAUUAAUGUGUGUUGCAACGCAAAUCGGUGCAGAAAUUAUAUAUUAAUUUUUGCGCAAAUAUAACGGUCUUUUUAAGCAGGUUUUUGCAGCACCUAAUAAACCGUUAUCUCUUGAGAAAAAGAGAUGAAUUUCGUUUUUUACUGAGAUGACUUAAACCCAAUUUAGUAACAUAAUGAUUUAUUUUUUUAUUAAGAGAAGCGUUUAUUGAUUUUUUAAUAUAUUCAGAAAGGAAUUGCAAACAAGGUAUAACGUCAGUUUGCAUUUAUAUGAAACUGUCAGAUCUUAUUUCUAGUACAUAUAAGUUGCUUAUUUAAUAGACUUAACAGUAUCAUAGUUUAUAUAGCUACCAAGCUUUUUUCAUUAAGACAUAAAAAAAAAAUUUUUACCGUCAAAUUUAAUGGUUGUUUUGCUCCUUAUUAUAAGUUACUUAUAGUACAUAAUGAUAUCUUAUUGAUGUGAAACACUGACUUUUUUCUUUUAAUUACAUAUUGGUUUCUUAUAUUGUAUACAGCCCGUAUCUCUCAAAAGCCAAACGAGCCUUACUGGACUUAUUUCCAUUGUAAAAAUUGACCCUACCCAAGCAAGCCAACACCAGAUGGUUGUGGUAGACUGUUUAGAAGACACCGAUGAUACUUUGAAGAGGAAAACGCUAAAUUUGUUGUUCAGGAUGACGAAUCCUAAUAAUGUAAGAGUUAUCAUUGAAAAACUGAUGGGCUUUUUAAGGUCAACAAGCUUUGACUCACAUUUGAAAGAAGAAUUGGUGAACCAGAUUACAGAUAUUGCUGAAAGGUUCGCUCCAGACUCAAGAUGGUAUUUAGAAACCAUGAAUGGCGUUUUUGAGCUAUCUGGAGAACAUGUGAAACCUGGAAUUGUCAAUAAUUUAGUAAGGUUAAUUGAUGAGUGAAGAGAUGAUCCUGAGUCUAUAAGAUAUACGACAGAAGAAUAUUUAGCUAUCCUAGAGCGAUCAACUUCUGUCAAUGAUGCCAUGAUGCAGGUAGCAGCUUGGGUGUUGGGCGAAUUCGCUGAGUCUCUUGAUAGUGACCAGCAAUCCCGUGUAAUGACCAUUCUAUGCAAAGCUCUACAUUGGAGAUUUGAAGACAACCUUACCAAAGGAUGGAUCCUUACAGCUUUACAGAAGCUAGGCCGAGGUGUUCCAUCUGAUGAUGUUAGAGAGCUUGUCAGCAAAUUUAGCUCAUCCCGUAACGAAGAUCUACAACAGCGCUGCUAUGAGUUUGCAGGAGUCUGCACCAAGCUUACUUACCCUAUAAGCUUCAAAGAAAACCUUGGCAAAGAGUUUGACCUGACUUUGAACUUUUUGGAUGACUUUGUAAGGCAAAAAUUAAUGGAAGGAGCAAGACCCUAUGAUCCAGAAAAAAGCAGAAGAGGUCUAAGUUAUUUGAUAAAUAAAGGCAGAGAAGAAUAUAAAGUGAGUGAGGCUUUUCAAGCUAUGAAAAUGGACCCUUAUGAAGCUCCAAAGGUAGAAAGUGGAAGACCUUACUCCCCCCCUCGAAGUUCGACCAAGAUUUUUUUGGUCGAACUUCGAGGGGGGUAAGAAAAAUUUUUUUAAAAAAAAAUUAUAUAGAAUUUUUUUUUAUAUAAUUUAGUAGUUUAAAAAAAAAAAAAAAUUUAUCAUAUUCUUCUGUAUGGUUGAGAGGGUGUAAGGGUUAGAAAAAAUAGUGCAAGAUGGUUUUGUAACGCUUUUUUAGAACUUGAAUACAAAAAUCGCAAGCUCACCCCCACAUAGUUUAAAAAUUUUGAAAAAUUGCUUAUUUUCCUAGUAAAAAUUUAUAUAGGUCUUGGUCGAACUUUGAGGGGGGUUUAAUUUUUUCCAAAAAAAUAGGAAUUUUCCCUAUAUCUUGGUCGAACUUCGAGGGGGGGGAGUUACUUGGUAUCGACUCCUGGAGCACCACCCCUUCAAGAAGUUAGUGCAGAUAGAGAAUUUAAGGUGACUAACAGGCUCUGGACUAAUGAAGGAUACACUGGGAAAAAAGGGCAAGCUCCUGUAGAGCAGCCGAGACCAAAUCAGGGUGGGAUUAGUUUGCAGCCUUCGCCUUCUUAUGCACCUGGAAGAGCCCAGCCUCCCAAACAGAAAACCCAAAAGGAAAUUGAAAAAGAAAGGUUUGCUCAAAGUCUAUUCAGCGGCGUAGGAAAUGAGCCAGCUCCUCCACAACCACCUCAGCCAGUGCAAAGGCCUGAUCCAAGACCACAACCACAGCCGCAACAAAAAAGGAUCAAUGACCUUUUAGAACUUUAG